AUGGAUGCUGCCACUGCCACUGCCACUGCGACUCCAAGCAAGUUGAGACGAAGAAAGCCUGGACUAGGCAAACGGGCCAGAGAACCCACAGACUUGAAUUCUAUGCUUGAUGAAUUCUCUCAAAAGGUUCGACGUCAAGGCCAAGCAUGGACCGAAGAAAUUCAAAAACUUCGAGACGAGCUCGCGAUUUUAAAUGACCAGAAAAACCGUCUCCAAGAGGAACUCAGAAUCUUAAACAGCGAGAAAGACUAUCUCCGAUAA